AUGUCUGAAAGGAAAGAGGUAGCUUCAGAAUCAAACAGGGGUGAAGAAAUAGAAACAUACCCAUGUAUUGAUUUUUCUCUCAAGUCCUAUGUCUCAUGCAAAGAGGCAUGCCCACAAUCUGGGUUCACUUUGGAAGAGACCAGAAAGGAGAAUGGAGAUGGAGAGAAAAGAAGAAAAUGUUCUGUCCCAGGAUUUCCACGAAUGGUGAACACUGAUAAGAGGAUUGCUGGAAAGGAUGGGAGAAACGAGUGUAGUAUAGCCUGCAAUAAUAAAAUUAAUCCAGUGGAUAAAAAUUAUGGACCAUAA